GGUGGGUGACAAAAAAAAAUGCCGCAGCUGAGCGGCGGUGGAGGAGAUGACCUAGGCGCCAACGCCGAACUGAUCUCCUUCAAAGACGAGGGCGAGCAGGAGAAGAAGAGCUCGGAAAACUCCUCGGCGGAGAGGGAUUUAGCCGAUGUCAAGUCGUCGCUAGUCAAUGAAUCAGAAACCAAUCAGAACAGCUCCUCCGAUUCCGAGGCGGAAAGAUGGCCUCCGCCUCGAUCCGAAAGUUUCCAAGACAAAUCCCGGGAAAGUUUGGAAGAAGCAGCCAAGAGGCAAGAUGGAGGGCUCUUUAAGGGGCCACCGUAUCCCGGCUACCCCUUCAUCAUGAUCCUCGACCUGACGAGCCCCUACCUCCCCAACGGAUCGCUCUCACCCACCGCCUGAACCUACCUGCAGAUGCAAUGGCCCCUCCUUGACGUCCAAGCAGGGAGCCUGCAGAGCAGACAGGCCCUCAAGGAUGCCCGCUCCCCCUCGCCUGCACACAUUGUUUCCAACAAAGUGCCGGUGGCGCAGCACCCCCACCAUGUCCACCCGCUCACGCCUCUCAUCACCUACAGCAACGAACACUUCACCCCGGGAAACCCACCUCCACACUUACCAGCCGACGUAGACCCCAAAACAGGAAUCCCACGGCCUCCACACCCUCCGGAUAUAUCUCCAUAUUACCCGCUAUCACCUGGCACUGUAGGACAGAUCCCCCAUCCGCUAGGAUGGUUAGUACCACAGCAAGGUCAACCAGUGUACCCAAUCACGACGGGAGGAUUCAGGCACCCCUACCCCACAGCACUGACUGUCAACGCUUCCAUGUCCAGCUUCCUGUCUUCUAGGUUCCCUCCCCACAUGGUCCCACCACAUCAUACUUUACACAGGACCGGCAUUCCCCACCCGGCCAUAGUCACACCAACAGUCAAACAGGAAUCCUCCCAGAGUGACGUCGGCUCACUGCACAGCUCAAAGCAUCAGGACUCCAAAAAGGAAGAGGAAAAGAAGAAACCCCACAUAAAGAAACCCCUCAAUGCGUUCAUGUUGUAUAUGAAGGAAAUGAGGGCAAAGGUCGUGGCGGAAGGCACAUUGAAAGAAAGCGCAGCCAUCAACCAGAUCCUGGGGCGAAGGUGGCAUGCGCUGUCUAGAGAAGAACAAGCAAAGUACUGUGAGCUGGCUCGGAAAGAGCGAGAGCUUCAUAUGCAGCUGUACCCUGGCUGGUCUGCGCGGGAUAACUAUGGGAAGAAGAAGAAGAGGAAAAGGGACAAGCAGCCAGGCGAGACCAAUGAACACAGCGAAUAUGCAAAUACUCUAAAGAAGUGUCGGGCACUGUUCGGGCUUGACCGACAGACUUUAUGGUGCAAACCCUGCAGGAGAAAAAAAAAGUGCGUUCGCUACUUACAAGGUGAAGGCAACUGCCUCAGCCAGCCCUCUUCAGAUGGAAGCUUACUAGACUCGCCACCCCCGUCCCCACCACACCUGCUAGGCUCCCCUCCCCAAGACGCCAAGUCACACACUGAGCAGACCCAGCCGCUCUCGCUCUCCCUGAAGCCUGACCCCCUGGCCCACCUGUCCAUGAUGCCUCCACCUCCGGCGCUCCUGCUGGCCGCGGCCGCCCACGGCAAGGCCUCUUCCCUCUGCCCCAACGGGGCCCUGGACCUGCCACCCGCCCUGCAGCCGCCCAUCCUCCCGGCCUCGUCACUUGCACAGCCAUCGACAUCUUCCUUACAUUCCCACAACUCGCUGACUGGGACCCAGCCCCAGCCUCUGUCCCUGGUAACCAAGUCUUUAGAAUAGAUUUAGCUGUGUCAGCCCUGCCUGAGAUGAGUGCUUUCUUCCUGGUUCUUGAUUUGCGCCUCUCUUCCCCCGCCCCCCUCCACACCCCUCCUUGGAAAAGCUUUUGUUUUGUACUCUUUUAAUUUUGUGCCACGUGGCUACAUAAGUUGAUGUUUAUCGAGUUCAUUGGUCAAUAUUUGACCCAUUCUUAUUUCAA